AUUUUUGCUCUAUAAGUCUUGGGAUAUGCACACCGACCCACCGCUGAAAGUUGGAAAAGACAGACGACCUAGACCAGAGGAAGAACAUGAAGAAGAUUGGAAAGGAGGCCAGAAGCCACCGAGUCUAUUAGCGAAGCCAACCCUUGAAAUUUCCACAAUUUUGCAGAGAGAAGGCGUCUAUUAGCUAAGCGAACCCUUGAAAUUUCCACAAUUUUGCAGAGAGAAGACGAAGAAGAUGAUGCAACAAGGAGGAGGAGGAGGGGGGGAUUAUGGUAGUUCUUACUACCAGAACCAGAACCAUAAUUCUCAAUUCUCUCCGUCUGAUCUACUGCUACAUACUCAGCCCCCCUCAUCUUCCUUUGCUUCUGCCCCUCCAUUCUCUCACAUCCCAUCCUCAGAUUACCCACCCUCACCUCUCCACCAACCACCACCCUCUUCUUAUUAUGAAUCCCUUUCAUCCUCUGAUAAAACCUAUCCUUCUUACCCAACCUAUACCCCCCCUCCAAACCCCAUCCAAAAUCCUCAGUCCCAACCUCCUUAUAGUCACCCUGCUCUCGUUGCCGAACCCUAUGCAUCGUCACAUUAUCCCCCCCAGCCUUUUGUCUCUGAAACCUAUCGUGAAACCCUUGUCCAAUAUCCCACCCCCUAUCCCUCGAUCGUGCCCAAUCCUCCAUAUGAUGUUGCUCCUAAAAUUGACAAUUCUUCUUGGUACGGUUCUAGUCGGUCCAGGUUUGAUGCGGGCGAGAUGUAUGAAAGGCCACCACCAUAUAGGAGCAGCGAUCAGGGGUUUUUAGAAAGGAAACCGGAGAGUGGGAUUCAUCAAGAUAGGAAUAGUUAUCGUGUUGAUGAUAUUGGUGGUGGUGAUGGUGUUUAUGCGUAUGAUGGGGGGAGGGUUGAGCCAUAUGGGUCCAGGGGUACUGGUACUGGGUCCAAGUCAUCUUCAUGGUCAACCUUUGAUGAUUAUGGGAGGUCUACGAGCAUUACGUCAGGGAAUGAUCAGUUGGGGGCUUCCAUGAAAAUCACAAAGGCAGUCCCGAAGGUUGAUACUCAGCAGGAUGUGAAGAAUGGGGUGCAGAAGUUUCGAGUCAAGUUGUUGCCUGAAGGUGCGAGUCAGAGUGCCAUGGAUGUGCUUUGCCAGAUUGGCCUGGAUGGAAUUCGUAUGCUUGACCCAACUACUAGUAGGACAUUAAGAAUAUAUCCACUUGAGACAAUUACAAGAUGGGAAGCCGAUUCCUCUAACUAUACCUUUUGGGCCAAGAGCUCUGUUGACAUUGAACCAAGACGCAUAAGGUUGCAAUCAAACAGCUACACAACAAACACCAUAUUGGACACAGUGACAGCUGCCACUGUACAGCUUAAAGAGAUGGGCGGAAAAGAUAUUGUUGGUGGCGGGGGCAAAGAUUCUAGUAAGCUAUCUGACCAACCAGCUGAAAAGAAGAAGAAUUUUGCAGAUUGGAUGAACUUGAUGAAGCCUGCUAAUGAGGAGAAAGAUCACUGGGUCCCUGAUGAAGCUGUCUCUAAGUGCACAGCAUGUGGAGCAGACUUUGGAGCUUUUGUUCGGAAGCAUCACUGUAGGAACUGUGGAGAUAUAUUUUGUGAUAAAUGCACCCAUGGUAGAAUUGCGCUCACUGCAGAUGAGCAAGCCCAACCGGUCCGUGUGUGUGAUAGAUGCUUGGCAGAAGUGUCUCAAAGGCUGAGCAAUACUAAGGAAGCCACUAGUAAACCUGUUGGGCAGCACAGCCAUGAAGACCUUGCCAAGAAGCUUCAGGAGGAAAUUGACAGAAAUCGCACGGCAGCUUCAUCUGGUCAUGCAAAGCUAUCCUCUGAUGGAUCCACUAGGAGGAUGAGAGAAGUUGCCUGUCCCACAUGUACAGUACAUUUGCAGGUCCAAGUUCCAAGCUCUGGAUCCGAGACCGUAGAGUGUGGUGUGUGCCAGCAUCCUUUCCUUGUGAGUGCACACUGAUGUACCUAGCCUAGCCUUAUGGGUGAGCAGGACACCUGUGGAUGGUUCACGUCCUGUUUAUUCAAUUAUUAUGGAAUCUUGAAUGAACUUUUGCGUUGAUAUUUGGUGUUUCGUGUUUGUGUAUAAUUUUCUGGUCUGGCUUUAUCAUGACGAGACGUCUUGUUGAAGAUCUGCUUCCUGUAUAAGCUGCUGUGAUGUCUCUGUAAAGGCAUAAACAUUGUGUCAGGGAUUUGGAUUUUUCGGCAGUCUUUGAGUGUUUCCUUGAAAAUCUGGGAAUCGUUACCCUAGUUGGUCCCAAAAAUUCAUAUUUACUAAGCCGAACCUCGCUAUGCAUACUGCUUUGAACGUAGUGGCAGUGGUCUUUCCUAUCCUAAUUACAGCUGUUUAUUGGUAAUUGGAGGCCCAUCUGGUCUUUCCUAUCCUAAUUACAGCAGUUUAUUGGUAA